ACAAUUGAUGGAAGGAAGACUGGAGACCAAAUAGAAAAAACUGAAGGGAAACAGCAGAGUUUUAUUGUAUCUGAUUGCUAUUGAAGCUAAUAAAAGAAAGAUUAUCAUCAUAUAAUUACAAUCCAUACUACCAAUCUUGACAACAGAACACAUUUUAAUUUGCACUGGCUAAAACUUAUCAUUCUUCUCAAUUAUGCGUGGCUAUCUGUGAGUGAUUGCACAUUGAAAGGCGAUUGCAAGGUAGAUUUUUUCCAAAUAGGCUAGUGGUGGGAUUUUUCUCCCUGAAUAAAUGACUGUCGGUAUUUUCAGAGAGCAAUGACUUCGGAUAUUAGCGGUUCUUAACUUCUAAUCAAUGUUAGUUCAAUCUUGUUGAAUUGUUAUGGUACUCCCAAAUGCAUCGCUACUUCCGAGGCAUCUCUCAAUAGGUGCGCAAAUACAGCAUACCUAUGCUCAGAGGCAGCAGAAGAUGAAGAACAAAACCCAGGUGUCUGCAAGAAUUGGGGACAGCGUCUCUAGUAUCACCAGAGCUGCUGUUGUUGGAGGCUCAAAAGAAUUGGCAUUGGAUUCUUCCAGUGUUGUUGAAAAUUUGAAAACGCUUCAUAGACAAGGAAACCUGCAAAAAGCUACUCAGGUGUUGAGUCUGAUGGAUCUACAUGGAGUUCAGGUGAGUUCUGAUACUUAUUCUAGAUUACUACAAGCUUGUGCCAAGAGAAAGGCUAUUGAAGAGGGUGAAGUUAUCCAUGCCCACAUAUUGAAAACUGCUUUUGAACCUACUGUGUAUUUGACAAACAACCUUCUUACCAUGUAUGUUAAUUGUGGGAGUAUUGAGAAUGCACGCAGAGUGUUUGACAAAAUGCCCCAACGAAAUGUUGUGUCAUGGACAGUUAUGAUAGCAGUCUAUGUACAGAAGUCAUAUUAUUGGCAGGCUUUGGAACUAUUCAAUCAGAUGAUAUUGGCUGGCACAGUUCCAGAUCAGUUUGUUUUAGCAUCUGUGCUGCGUGCAUGUGCAGAGAUGGGAGUCUUUAGUUUGGGGAAGCAGCUCCAUGGGUGUGUGCUUAAAAAGGGGUUUGGGUUGAAUGUUCGUGUGGGAAGUUCUCUUGUUUCUGUGUACGCAAAAUGUGGGAGUACAGAGGCUGCCCACAAAGUGUUUGAAGGUAUGCUUCAGCAGGAUGCGGUGUUAUGGAAUACAAUGAUUGCAGGAUAUGUCCAAAGUGGGCAGGCUGAGGAGGCCAUUGAACUAUUUUGCAAAGGAGUGAGAGAAAAAAUGGAAUUAAAUCAGUAUAUUUUCUCCACUGUUAUUAGAGCUUGUACUGAUCUUUCUGAUAUCGAGUUUGGCAAGCAAGUUCAUGCUCAAAUGAUUAAAUAUAGUUUAAACUCAGAUGUUUAUGCAGGAAGCGCUCUGAUUACCUUGUAUUGCACAUGCAAUAAUCUUGGGGAUGCCCACAAACUAUUCGUGAGACUGCACAAAUUAGACUUGGUAUCAUGGACAACAAUUAUUUCAGGAUAUGCUCAGAAUGGCUAUGGUGAGAAGGCCCUAGAACUCUUUUAUCAAUUGCAGAGAACAGGAAUGAAACCAGACGAGUUUAUCUGCGCAAGUAUUCUACAAGUAUGCUCUAACCUAAAACUAUUAGCAAAAGCCAGAGAGAUGCAUGCGUGCAUCAUGAAAUCUAAAUUUUGGAAUGGCAUAUCUGUGGGGAGUGCCCUCAUUACCGCCUAUGCAAAAUGUGAGAGAAUAGAAGAUGCCCAGCAAGUGUUUGAUAAAAUGUACGAGAGAAACAUGAUCUCUUGGACUGCUAUAAUUGCAGGAUAUAGCCAGCACGGCCUUUUUGAAGAAUGCCUCACACUGUUUUCCCAAAUGCAAUUAGCAGGGUUGAAACCAAACCUUUUUACCUUGACCUGUGUGCUUGACAGUUGUGCCUCUUCAACACAACUUGAACAUGGUCUAAUUAUUCAUGCUUAUAUUAUCAAAACGGGAUACGAAUCAGACAUUUCUAUGAAGAAUGCCCUUGUUUCCAUGUAUGGGGAAUGUGGGAACGUCAAGGAUGCAUACAAAGUCUUUAAUGAAAUUUGUGAACGCGAUGUCAUCUCCUGGACUGCAAUGAGUGCAGGGUAUAUACAUAAUGGAGAUGGUGAGGAAGCUCUUAAACUCUUUCGUGAAAUGCAGCAGACAGGAUUGAAGCCUAACCAGUUUACAUUCACAAGUGCCUUCACUGCAAUUUCCAACCUAAUGUCCCUCAACCAGGGAAAAGAACUCCAUGCCUAUGUCACCAGAAUUGGAUUUGAAUUUGAUGUCGCUGUUGGGAAUGCCCUUAUUACCAUGUAUGCAAAGUGUGGUAGCAUAAAUUAUGCAUGUGAAGUGUUCCACCGAAUGCCUCAACACGAUAUACUCUCUUGGAAUUCAAUGAUUGCAGGGUACGCACAGCAUGGAUAUGGAAAGAAGGCCCUUCAGUUAUUUGAACAAAUGCAAAAGACAGGCAUGAAGCCCAACCACAUUACUUUUAUUGGAGUUCUCUCUGCCUGCAGUCAUUCAGGUCUUGUUAAUGAAGGUGUUGACUUAUUUGAUUCGAUGAAUCAAGAACAUGUUAUAGUGCCAAGAGUGGAGCACUAUGUAUGCAUGGUUGAUCUUCUUGGCCGAGCAGGAUACCUGCAUGAGGCAGAGAACAUCAUUAAUACAAUGCCAUACAAACCUAAUGACUAUGUGUGGCGUAGCUUGCUCGGUUCCUGUAGAAUCCAUGGAAAUGAAGAGAUAGGAUUACAUGCAGCAGAAUGUCUUCUUGAGUUGCAGCCACAAGAUGAUGCAGCAUAUGUGUUGUUAUCAAAUAUCUAUGCUGCAGCUGGCAGGUGGGAUGAUGUAGCAAGAGUGAGAAAACUGAUGAAACAGAUGGGAGUGGAAAAGGAGCCUGGAUAUAGCUGGAUUAGAGUCAGAAACAAAGUGCAUGCAUUUGUUUCAAGAGACAAAUUACACCCUCUAAAGGAGAGGAUCUAUGCUAAGCUUGACAAGCUAAGUGAGCAAAUUAAGGAGGUGGGAUAUGUGCCUGACAUUAGCUGUGUGCUACAUAAUGUUGAUGAGGAUCAGAAAGAAUACUAUCUUCGAUACCAUAGUGAGAGGCUGACUAUUGCUUUUGGGCUUAUCAGCUUACCCUUUGGUAUGCCCAUACGGAUUUUCAAGAACCUCCGUGUCUGUGGGGAUUGUCAUACUGCCACUAAAUUGAUUUCUAAGGUUGUUGGUGUUGAAAUCAUUGUUAGGGAUACAACUAGGUUUCACCAUUUCAAGGAUGGUGUGUGCUCAUGUGGGGACUAUUGGUAAUGACAAGGAGUACCGUUUUUCACAUUGGUACUGCUGACAUGAUUAGGAUUUAUUGCGCUCUACAGCAAGGUGUGGCAUUUGGAUACUCAUGAUAUGUACCUCAUUCAAUCCACUAUGUGGGGACUAUUGGUAAUGAUGAGGAGUACCGUUUUUCACAUCGGUACUGCUGACAUGUUUAGGAACCAUUUUGCUCUACAGCAAGGUGUGGCACAUCGAUACUCAUGAUAUGUGCCUCAUUCAAUCCAGUAUUUAGGAUCAAGGGUAUUCUUCUCUAUUUGUGGCACUUGUUCCUCUAGUGUCCAUUCUCUCACGGAUUACAACCAAGUUAUUUUAAAAAUAUUCAGAAUUGUGUUUCGAUAUCAACAUCAGUACCCUGGAAGAAAAUUGAAAGUGACGUCGAGAAGGAAACUUGGAGCUGAAAAAAGGAUCCCCAAAGAUAUAAGAGUAAUCAUUUGAUUCCUAAGAAAAAUCUUAUGUUUAAGGGCACUGACUAUGUGCCUCAAGAACCAUACUUAUGAUAUGGUGUAAAGCUGGUAAUAAAAAAAUCCAAUGGCUGAUAAUUCAAUCAAGCAAUUAUCCGUGCCCUUAUCGAGGGGAAGAAACAGUUACAAUUACAACCAUUUAAUACAUGUAAUAAGUUAAAAUACUGAUUCAUGCAUGACAUUCUUAACCCCUUAUCUGUACAUACUAGAAAACAAAUACUGAUAAGUUGCGCUUCCAUUCCAUAGAGGAAACGCUUACUCUGUCCUUGUCUGGGUAUGGCUUUUACUUUUCCUUAAGAACUCUGGAGUAAAUAUUAUCUAAAGGCAAUAGAUGUUUCCCAUGGAGACCUCUGUAAUUCUUGAUAUUCCCAUCAAAUCCUUUGAACAAUCCUUAAUGCAUACAAAUGAUGAAGGACACCUGCUGAAUUUUGGUGUGAAAACCAAUGGAAAAGAUGCCUGUUGAUUAAAGCCUUGUUGAAAUGAUAUUUUGAUGACUUGAAAGCAUAGAGACUUCACAAAAUUGCACACUAGUAUCAAAAAAUGAAACCUAAGACAGAAACAGAAGGCACAGUUGCAACCAGAGAAAUUGAGUGCAAGGGUCAACCAAGGAUGCAAAUUGACUCUGAAAAAAAUGAAACCCAAGGUGUAGAUCGGGGUCCAAAAAGAGCCAAUGAAAUCUCAUGGAAGGCAUAUUUAUAUGAUUGAGAAACCCCUAAAAGUGGAGUAAAGCUUCAAACCAUCCAUUCUGCAAGUGGAUAUAAAAGGUCCCUGUCUAUCAAAGCUGUAAGAAUCAGAACAUGAAAUAUAACAUUAUGAGAAAACCCAUCUCUGCACAAGUACAACUGAAGCAACAGUGAGUGUCUACCAUCAAGGCGUGUUCACUGUCCAAAAACAGCAUAAUGGGAGGAAUGUUCAGUUUGAACUUCAGUUCUUCAGCAAUGAUAUGUUACUACCUUCUUUGUAAAAAUGUGUAUAGAUGAAUGCUUAUGUAUGCAAAAUUCUUAAUAAAGCUUAUGAAAUGCUACGCAUGUCCAGGAAAAUUUCCAACUUCAUCUGCAUUGAGG